AUGGACACUGCUAACAACAACAGUAUGCCAGGCGUCAAGCCAGUGUAUGUAGGUACUGACGGCAUGCUCUCUGAGAAAGCAAGCUCGCUGUCAAACCGCUCGAGUAUGCCGCUUCCAUGCACCUCUCGGCUCCCUCGUCCGCUGCAGACCCAGAAGCCUCUCCCCAGCCCACCGGUCGCGCAAGUGGUGAAUCCAGACAGCCCGCCAAAGGCCCAGCGUACCCUCAUAGAUGCUGAGUACUCUGAGAGCCCCAUGAGCAGCGACUGGCCCAUCAUCCACCCUGAGAACGUUGCCCCCCGCCUGGGUGAGGAGCGGAGCUCACUGCCUGAUUCGAGCGACAUUGCUUUCACUACUCCACCGCCCUAUGAUGGAGCUUGUGACGAUGACGGCACGCGAGUUAGGCGUCUCUCGUGGCAUUCAACACAUUCAGCCGCCAGCACUGGUACUGGACCCAUCCUGAGGAUCUCCGCUGACGCCGAUGCUGUUAUUCUCGGUACUGAUGACUCCAUUCCUGAAGUCCCGUCUAUCCCUGCAGUCAUUCCCACGCGUCUCGCUCAGCCACGCUCUAUGGGCGCGCUCGGCAGCCGCGGUAUCAGGGCCAUGGGAUCCAAGACAUCGCUGAGCGCCACGCCUCCGUCCGCAAAGGCAGACCGCACUGAAGCUAUGAGGAAAGUAAGCCCUGCUGUCAAGAUAAGCCCGAUUCGCUCUAUGCAACCCCCAAGGAACACCGGCCUAGAUGGUUAUUCCCCAAAGUCUCCCUCGCCGCUUGCUCCAUCUGCCGCGAGCAGACCUACCACUAGUCAGGCGAGUGUGGCAGCCCAUCCAACUGCUUCCAGCACUCCAAGUGGCUCGCACGAGCCCAUUGAACUCACAUCGCCUGUUCCUGAGUCUAAGCGCAUCGCCUCCGACCUCACGGCAGUCCAGGCUUCCGACCAAACUGCAGAAGCUGACAAGAAAGCGGAAGUGCCAAAAGAUGAACAAGCUCUGCAUAUCCAGAAGAUCAGGAGGACGGUCGAUCACGCCUUGAACAAGAAUCCAUCGCUAGGCUCAACUGUUCGCUCCUACAGCAACCAUCAGGACUUCAACCCCAACGCCGGCAACAAAGACUCAGCUUCCUUGCCCCGUACUAUGCACUCCUACAGCACUGUUCGCAAUCCAGAUCCCCAUAAGCUGAAGGUUCCGGACACUGUCGCCUCCAAUCGUUUCGGUAGCACGGUGAGUUUCGAAGUACCAAAUCGACACCAGUCGGUUCUAUCAGAUAACCAGUCCUCUGCGUCGCUCACGGCCCCCUCGCCCGUAGAAGAUGCGGGGUCGGAGAAGAAGGUCAAACCCCAACGCAGCAUUCGCAACAUGUUCAACCGAGAGAAGUCGCGCAUGGACCUAACAGAGUCUUUGCCAGCCAAGCAAGGCUUUAUGAGUGCCGCCCGCAGCUCGCUCGCUAAGGCCAUGCGAGACUCUAAGAGUCGCUCCAAAGUCCACCUCCCCUGGAUGGGAGAGUCCAAGUCCCAGACUGAUGUUUCCCGCUCGAAAAUUAAGAGGCGGAGUCCACCCAUGCCUCUCACUGCUUUCAGGUUUGCCGGUGCGACUGCCAGCCCAACGAGGGCGUUCAUACCCGACAACCGUCAGAAGACGCGCACAGCGGUUCACAACAUACUUAAUCGCGUCCAAGGAGAUUCCAAAGACUCGCCGUAUAAUGAGCGUGACAUUCAGAUUGCAGAGUGUGUCGUGAAUGCCGCGGAGGCCUGCCGCGAUGCAAACAUCUGUGCAAUGGAAGCCAAGAAGAACAACCGCGAUGCCGAUAUACAUGCAGACCGUGCAGGCAUUGAGUUUAUGCGUCUAUACGGACUGCUCGAGGAGGCAGGUCUCGACCCGGAGACUGUGAAAGCUAUCAAGGCCAUUCUUGAAGAGAGAGCACUUGAUGGAAAGUCCCGCCUCGUCUGA